AUGGAGCGCCUGCGAGUUCAGUCUUCCGCAUUGAAACCAGUUUCACGCCGUCAGCAGAAACAUGCAGAUGUGCCGUCGUCCAAGUCAGAGACAUACCCAAAGCUUAGAAAAGUAACUCGGCGCGAUGAAGACCCAACACCGACUUCUUCAUCCACAGCCUCCAAUCUACCUAACGCAGACAGAAAAAGAUGUGUUUUUGGUAGAGCAGCGAAUGGUAGUCAUCCCGUGAGAAGUGGGAAAGCUCCGACGAUAGACGGCAAUCUAAUAAAGCCGACCUUGCUCAAAAUCGAAACGAAUUCUGACAAGAACGUCUCGAAUUUCGACAAAACAAGCAACUCUGCAUCGUGGAUCAAACAGUCUCUUCGAAAACCUGACAAGUUUGAAAAUGCCAGAAAAUUUACUCCAACUAUCAAAAAGGGAUCGGAAACCUCCGACGUUCUGCAGAAUAUUCGAUUUGGCCAUGGUGAAAAUGAUGGAAGCCUGGAGUUGUCAGGCAAAGGCGUCAACGAAACUUUAGUUGAUCAGUUGUGCACAAAUUUAAAGAAUAUCAGACACAUAACUUUGUUGAACAACAACCUUUCAGAAAAGGCGCAAAUGAAACUGAUUACGGCAGUUAUUGAUGCGAACACGAUCGCGACUCUGGUUUUGGACGGCAUCGAGAUUUCUGAAAAAAACUGUGAUUGCAUUGGCAAUAUCUUCAAAGCGAAUCGAACGUUGACGACAUUUUCUGUUCCACUAGCAAAGCUGCCCUCGAAAUUGGAGUCGCGGCUGAAACGCAAUCGCAAAAUUGAGUCCUACGUGAAGACCAUCCGUCAAGCUGGCGGAAUGGUACAAAGUCGUGCCAUAACUCCGCGUGACAACGAACUCGUGGUCAAUAUUGUCAAGAUCAUCGGAAAUGACCCAUCCAUUACUGAGUUUGUGGUUGACGGCGACGUCAGGUUCCAGCAUCUUGGCAGUUCGAUGAUACUGGACCUGGCAGAAUCGCUCCGGUCAAACUAUUGUCUCAAGACCUUGCGCGUCACAAACGUAGAGCUUGGCAAUGCAUUUCUGUCGGCUUUGGCUACGAGUAUAACAACAAAUUUUACUUUAGAAGAAAUCGACCUCUCCGGGAAUGCGAUAACGAGCGAAGCUGUGGUAGCCUUUUGCCAAGCCAUGCCUCUGAAUACCACACUUAUCAGAGUCGACUUGAGCAGAAUGCACACUCCAAUCUUGUCGGAUGAUGAAGGAGUUGUCUUAAAGGCGCUCAAAAAGAAUGAAUCGGUGCGACAAUUUCAGAUCAAGUUCCGAAACGGGUACAGCAAAAUUGCUCUUGAAAAAAUCCUCGCCAGAAACAAAUCAGCAAAGUGCACACCAGCAGUUACUUCUUUUGAUACCAAGCUACUAGCAUAUCUGAAGGCUGAAGCUGAGCAGGCUGAAACGAUUCUUUCGGAGCGACAACAGACAGAAACGGAUGGAAGUGAGCAGUUGGUCGAGGAUUGGGCUCAUCUUUACGAGCUUUCGAAAAUGGCAGACAUCUUCAAUUCGUUCGACAACGCGUAUGAAGAAUGCGGCGAAACUACAGAACAACCGACGACAACCAAAAAGAAGAGUGGGAAGAUAUCCUUAGUCGACGUGAUAGGUUCAAUGGAAUCCAUGUCCGCCGACGGUUCCUUUCUAACAGAGGCAUUCAUCUCGAAAUACAUGGUUGAAAACAAGGAAACGGGUGGGCUUGUAUUUGAGUUCACGAAUCAAUUCCAGAUGUUUAAGAGGUUUCAAAUUGGAGACAAAGCGCGUGGCUUUAUUACCAAGAGAUUUGUGGACGUGCUGUUGGCUCACCCGCGUACCAAGGAGAUCACUCAUUUGAAUAUGGCCAACAUCAAUUGUAGCGACGAUUUAUUGGAGUGGCUUUCCAAGAGAUGCAAAACGGAAGCGACACUUUUGCCAAAGCUCCACAUGCUCAACCUAGAGACGAACAACAUUUCCGGGUCGGGAGUUGUCGCCCUUGCCGAGACUUUGAAGACUUCAAAGACUUGGAGAUUCUUGCAAGCAAUAAAGCUCGAAAACCAAAGUUCCUUGAUGAAAACAGAAGCUGAAGCUGCGCUGGCCAAGGCAAUGUUUGUAAAUUGCAGCGUUAUUCGUUUGGGCCUUCGGCUGCGGAAUCUGCUGGAGCGCGACCGAAUUGGUAGAUAUCUUCAACGAAACAUGGACUAUCUGCGUCGGGCCAGGCGAGAACACGCAGCGAAGACGGGUAAGAUUAUAAAGCGAUCCAGAAACACGAUGGAACGUUUCAUUGACAGUAUUGCGGCUAACGACUCCGCAAUUGACCACGUUGAAAUUGUUGGUGAUCCCUUGUUCCUUGGACUCAAUCGGAAUGAGGUCUUGAAUGCAGCCAAAUGCUUUGCAAGCAACACUUUCGUUAUGAGAGUGAAGCUUUGUAACUUAAAGCUCGAUGACAAAUACGCUGAGGAACUGGCAAAGUCGCUUGAGCAAUCACGGAUCGAGUACUUAUGUUUGGACAGUAAUGCCAUCGGGGGGAAUGGAAUCAAAGCCAUUGUUGCCAGUCUCGCUAAAAAUCGAUCCGUUGUCGAGCUCCAAAUUCGUCACCAAACGAAGAAUAUGGCCGCCGCAGAUGAAGAAGUCAUUGCUGACUUACUUGAUAGCAACGAAUCUUUAGUCAAAAUGGGUAUAGACUUUCGCAGCCACAGCGCCCGCACUAAAUUGGAACGCAAACUCGCCAACAACAAUGCAAUUCAGCGCAAAGCCCGUACUACGGAUAAGCAAGACAGCAAAAUGACCAGUAGUAUCAGCAAGAUCAAGUCAGUUGAGGUUCAGAAACUUUUUGAUUCCGUCAAGGACGGAAAUCCAUCAAUUACGGAAAUUGAGCUCAAUAACAGUGCCGAGUUCUUACAAAUGGAAAAACGUUCGAGACAAAACUUUUACGAAUCCUUGCGUGAGAACAAAACGGUCAAGUCCUUGAGCCUUUGCAAUUUGCAACUCGAUAAUACCUUUGCCGACGAAUUGGCAAUCAUCCUGUCAGUGAACGAAACCAUCAGGACCAUCGUACUGAACGAUAAUGAAUUUACGUCGGCCGGCAUUUUGACGAUUGCCUUGGCGGCCGCCAAACGAAGGAACGUUCGCCAGCUAUCCAUUCGGAAUCCUCGCUUCAAGUUAAUCAACGAGCACGCCGAAGAGUUGCUACUCGUUAUGGAGCGGAAAUCUAACUUCGAAACAUUUGAUAUUCAGUUGCGAGAGGAAACGCACAAACAGCGCUUGUUCAAGAUUCUCGCUAAGAAUAGUAGAUGUACGGACGUAUAAGGAAAUCGAUGUUUUGCACAAGGACAUACUUGCUGCCUACGCUUUUCCCGUACGGAAAACGAGUGGACUUGCUGCCGGGUAGGGAUCCGCCCGGGAUCCAAGAGCUGUGCGUUUCCACAACAUGUGUGCGACGAUUUGACGACUGAUCCGACUGUCCGGGUGGCAAACGAAUAUUGGAAUGUUCGCGAACAAACGCCGUCGUUGAGAUUGUGUGUUUCCUUGACCUAUGGACGAUGAGGUGUCUUCGUUGAAUAAGGCCUCUCCGUCGCCAUCCGGUAUCAUAG